CCACAGUGUUAUUCACAGUGCCAGUGCAUAAGGCAAGUUUGUGUUCAGAAAUAGUUUAUUUAUUAUAACUAGAGUUAAUAUAGUUAAGCUAAUAACAUGUGGAAGAAAGAUUCGUCCGAGGGCUCUGACCGGUUUGAAUAUUUACAAACUCUGGUCACUGAGUUUCAGGACACAGACAGUGAAGAGGCAAAGGAGCAGGUGCUGGCUAACCUUGCUAACUUUGCAUACGACCCAAACAACAUGGAGAAUCUAAGGGAGCUGCAGGUGCCCGACCUCUUUUUGGACAUGCUCACUGAGGACAAUGCCAAUUUUGUGGAGUUUGGGAUGGGGGGGCUGUGUAACCUGAGUAUGGACCCUGAAUGCCGAGACGUUAUCCUGCAGAGCAACGGGAUCAGUUUGGUCACAAAUUGCCUGUCGAACCAGAGAGAGGAGACAGUCCUGUCAGCCAUCACUACACUGAUGAACCUCACUACGCCCUCGUCACGCGCUGAGAUCACUGAUCCGGCCAUCCUGCAGUGCAUGCUGCGUUUCUCGCUCUCAGAGAGCCCCCGCCUGCGCAGCCUGGCCGCUGUGUUCCUGCAGGACGGCUGCAGUCAGGAGCAGGUGGCCCGGGCGGAGCAGCAGAUGCAGGGGCAGCAGACUGCAGUCGGCAUCCCGCUGCCCAAGGACGAUUGAUUUGUGAGAAGAUACGUUUGCUCUCUAUGAGAGUAUAAGAAACAUUUGACACUUUAUGGCCCCACAUAUACACCUGCUGCAGGGAUUGCAUCAUUGAUGUUGGGUGAGCAGGUCUGUCUCACAGUCAGUGUUGCAGUUCUUCUUAAAGGUUCUGGAUCGGGUCAAGGUCAGAGCUCUGUGCAGACUAGUCAUGUUCCUCUAUAUCAAACUCGAAAAACAUUUCUUUAUGGUGCUGGCUUUGUGCAAGGAGUACAUUGUCCAGUUCAAAAGGAAGGAUAGGAACUGUGUUUAAGGGGAUAUUUUUGUUGACGAAAAUAUCAAUUUAUCCUUUAUUCUCCAUCAAAUAGUUUUCAUUCAAAGUUGAAGAAUCCAUAAUCUGUUGAAACGUUUUUCAUAUUUGUUUACCUAAACAAAUGCAUUCCUCUGUUCAGUGUUAAUGUGUUUUGCAGAAUGAACAGUCUUUAUUUUAAGAAGUCCAUGACCAUUAGCAUAUACUGCUGUAGCAGUGUAGUACGGUUUGGUAAAAGCUACAUUGUUUCUGUUUACAGAUCCUCUGCUGUGUAUGAACAGCUGAUAUAUUCUGCUAGCAUACACACAGAACAGAUAGCUAGCACACAUUUAAGCGUAGUGCCUUUUUUUCUCCAAAAGUUACUGGAUAGUUUUUGCAGGGCUGUUUUGUGAGAGAUGAAUACAGUCGAUAGCUAAUUGCCUAGAAACAGCAUGUGAAGAAUGUAACUAAGUUGACUUGCAUAAGGUUGUAUACAAAGGGUUCAGAGAGACCACAUCUCUUUUGUAAUGCCAGAUUCACUGACUGUAAGAUCAAUAUCAGAACCUAUUUCCUGCCAAAAUGUACAUUCCUUCUGCUCUGAAGUUAUUUCCUAAGACCCAGGAAGGAUGCUGGAGAAUUAUAGCCAACUAGUUGACUAUUGAACUCUGUGCUCUCUUUAAGAAUGUCAUGUUCUAUUACAUUAAAUUCCAACCCAAAAAUAUGUGAAAUGAAAAGUGUUAAAUAAACCAAGAGCCACGAGAA